AACAGCAGCAGAGGUACAACUAGAGCUGCUACUGUUUUGGAAAAGCAUAACGGUGAUUUAGUAGCUGGUUUUCCUGCGCCCGCGUCUCUCCUGUCGGGACUUGUCACCGCUCACCUUGACUGUGGAGCUUAGCAGUAAUAUGCGAGCACAGUCCGGAGUGUGGGAGCACCGUGUGAAGUGAGUUUCCUUGAAUCAUCUAUAUGGGCCAUCUUCUUUCGAAAAAUGGUAACCGUCUGAAGAAGAAGACCCGUAAGUUGCAUCACAGGAAGAAGAAGAAGAGGAACUGUUUCCUUCACGGGCCCUGCAUGCUCUGCUUCAUUGUCCACAGCAACAGUGGUGGUUUCGACGACGACAGCGACCAUUUCGAGGCCAACGGGUGCCAUCACAGCAGUGUCACUGGAAUCAGUGUCCCAGGUGUUGGCGGAGUCGGCAUCGGAGCAGCAGCUGCUACAAAGCUUGCGGAGCGAUACGCAACUCUCGCAUCUCCGGAGGACUGCUCCAAGUUCUUGUUGUCACCGAGGGAACUUGCUAUCUGGGAGGGCCAGGGGAGGAGCCUUUUGUCAGCUGUUCCUGCCAAACUGAUUCCACCACCUGCGCUCUUCCGAACUGCUGGUGUGUCUGUGACUGUGCCCGUGCCCAUACCAGUGCCUGUCCCUGGCUGCACCAGCGACUACACAGAGAUGGUUUGUAAGAGGAAGUGCUCAGAUGUGCAGAGGUGCACCCCUUGUAAGCAGCCGCGCUGUGCCUUCGCUGCUCCUGAUGGAGGGCUAGAGAAUGGAGGUGGGGGGGAAGCGGCCUCAAACUCUGAAACUGGCCACUGCCACCUUCCCCUUUGCCCGCUUCCCUCCUCCUCUUCCUCCUCUGCUUCCUCUUCUUCCUCACCUGCUGAUGGCUGCUGUGGAUUGGGGCUCCAUGCCGAUUUGCCCCACAGUUCUGACUCAUCUCCGUCCUGCGUGCAUAAUUAUGACGACUGCCAGGCGAGAAAUUCUGAAGCUGCUGAUCACUUGAGUAUCAACCAUCUGCCUUCCUCCAUUCUUCUUAAGGUGCUGUCUCACCUGACAGUAAAGGAGCGCUGUCUUUGUGCCUCUCUGGUUUGUAAGUACUGGAGGGACCUCUGCUUGGACUUCCAGUUCUGGAAGCAAAUCGACCUCAGUGGCCUACAACAAGUAAAUGAUGAUCUCCUGGUGAAAAUAGCUUCUCGGAGGCAGAAUGUGACAGAGAUUAACAUCUCAGAUUGCAGGGGGGUUCACGACCAUGGAGUGUCCUCCCUGGCUUCACACUGUCCAGGCUUGCAGAAGUAUACUGCCUACCGCUGCAAGCAGCUGGGUGACAUCUCUUUGUGUGCUUUGGCUACACACUGCCCUCUCCUGGUGAAGGUGCAUGUGGGCAACCAGGACAAACUAACAGAUGGAGCACUGAAGAAGCUGGGGGAGCACUGCAGUGAGCUGAAAGACAUCCACUUGGGUCAGUGCUACGGUAUCUCAGAUGACGGCAUCAUUGCCUUGGCUAGAGGAUGUCCUAAACUGCAGAGACUCUACUUGCAAGAGAACAAAAUGGUCACCGAUCAGUCUAUGAGGGCAGUAGCAGAGCAUUGUCCCGAGCUGCAGUUUGUUGGCUUCAUGGGAUGCCCUGUAACCUCUCAGGGAGUCAUCCAUCUUACCGCGCUACGUAACUUGAGUGUCCUGGAUCUGCGACACAUCUCAGAGCUCAACAACGAGACGGUGAUGGAAGUGGUGAGGAAAUGUCGCAACCUCAGCUCCCUCAACCUUUGCCUGAAUUGGAGCAUCAAUGACAGGUGUGUGGAAAUCAUCGCCAAGGAGGGGAGAAGUUUGAAGGAGCUCUAUCUUGUGUCUUGUAAAAUCACAGACCAUGCUCUGAUAGCUAUAGGGCAGUACAGCAGUACCAUUGAGACUGUUGAUGCCGGCUGGUGUAAAGACAUCACGGACCAGGGUGCCACACAGAUUGCUCAGAGCAGCAAGUCCCUUCGCUACCUGGGCCUCAUGAGAUGUGACAAGGUCAACGAGGAGACUGUGGAGAGGCUGGUGGUCCAGUACCCCCACAUUGUGUUCAGCACAGUAAUGCAGGACUGCAAGAGAACCCUGGAGAGAGCUUAUCAAAUGGGCUGGAGUCCCAACACAUCGAACACUUCGUAGCUACUGCUGGAUCGUACAGACACGCUCAACAAACACAAACAAACACACACAAAAGCACAUAAAACGCAGUGCUAUACAAAGGCCCUUUUUGUAUACAGAUACAAUAUGUGCAGCUCAGUCAUGUUUGCUUCUCACUGACUGUUCAAACAUGCAUGCGAACAUGUAGCUACACACUCACAGACACAAAAUUCCAGUCCUACUGUUUUAUUUGAAGUAAAUCUAUUAUUUUAGUAUGAGAUUUUAUAAUUAAGUCAGACGAUGUAGUGAUAUCUGCUCUAGGUAAAGGUAAGGGGUAUUAUGCCUCAUACCUUUUAAUUUCUUUGUAUCAUCUUGGGGUGAUUAGAGGUAAAGUUGCAAGACUAGGGGGUUUGCCUGGUCUUGAAUAAAAAGAUUAAAAAAAAAAAAAAGUUUAAUUAAAAAAAGAUGUUCAGCAACCAUCGGACCAGAAUUACUUUAAUGCAAAUAAGUUUUUAAAAAAAAAAGGAAAGAAAAAAUUGUUUCUCCAGCCAGAACCAGCGGUCUACAGCACUGCACCUGCAUCACCCCAUCGAGGUGUUUACUGCUGCAAGAGGAACCAUCUUACUGCUUCAGUGCAGAAGACAACUGAAUCACCAGGGCUUCAGACCUCACUCGAGGUUAUUUGUUCAGUUUGUCCACUUGAAACAUUUUUUCAUUCUUGGAUGUUCGGUACAGUAUUAAAAGCAUUUGCGGACUUGUGACUUACAUACCUGUGAGAUUGCCGGCAAGGUUUCGAUGUGAAGGACAGAGCUCUUUGCUGUGACUCAAUAUGCACAUUUUGCUCUCAUAGAGGAAAAAAAAAGAUUCAGUCCGGGGGGGUAGUCACAACUCCGGAAAAUUCAUGGCAAGAAGAAGGCAUUGAAAUGUGCAUGUUUACAGUGAGAUCGUGACCUCAUUGUCUGAGCAGGAUAUGGAGCAUUUGUAACGUGAAGACGAAAUUGACAUCCAUUUUACGUGGAAUCGAGUCUGCUCUUUUUCCAUGCAUGGAUUUAUCAUUGACUGAGCAUCAUCUGGAGAAUGAAAUUUAAUAGUGGUUUGAAAUAGCAGUUGCCUUUACCCAAAAAUCAUGGGUCAUAUUAUCAAAAUAUUAACCACAGUCACCGUGAUGACAAUUAAGAGAAAGUGUUAAGCCUUAAGUGGUUAAUAAUUGCCAUCCAAUUAGCAAGGUAUACUCUAUAUUUUGUAGGGAAAAAAAAAGCCAACAUAUUAAAUGUUGUAACUGAGAAAUUUUGUUUUUAGUUUGUUUGGUUUUUUUUUUUGUUUUUGGGGUGCUCAUUUUGAGUUUGGCAUCAGUUAAAAGCAAACAAAUUAAGAUCUGGGCUACAGAUGCUUACAAAGCACGCUUCUGGCUUGUUAGUGCAUAGUUAAACAAUCAGAAUUCUCUGAUCGUACGGGGGGGGGGGUGCAUUAGUACACAUGGCAUGGUGCUUGCACCCCUCUGAAGUUGCUUUAAAUCCUAAAUAUAUGCAAGUUUUGGAGCAACAUGUGCCAACCGUGCAGAAUGCCUUGCUUAUUUCAGCAAGACAAUGCCAAACUGUUUUCUGCGUAUAUUGCAACAGCAUGGCUUCGUAGUCAGUCUGCCUGCUGACUGCUCUGUCUGCAGGCCUGGUCUGCCAGUUCGGCAUAAAAUUCAAAGUUGUAAUAUAUUUAUCAAUAAACAACAUAAUUUCUCAAGUUCAACAUUUGAUAUAAUGUCUCAGUUCUAUUUUAAAGAUUAGCAUCCCAAUUUUUUUGGAAGUGUAUUUGAUUUCAUAUAUACAUAUAUACAUAUAUAUAUAUAAAUAAAUACUGUGUGGGAUUUACUUAGCCUAAUAUUGGUUUUGAGCAUAUACUUGUAACAUUUUCUAUGUAGCAAUGAGCAGUUUAUCAUUCUUAGUUCUGUAGGGUAUAAAGGAAAAAAAAAAAUCUGGCUUGGGCCUAACACCAGAGUGAGUAGAAGUUGCAGGGUAAGAAUCGAUCAUUUUCAUCUAUUCUUUAGAAAUUCAUUGAUGUAUAUUUAAAAAUGCAAAUAUUUUUCUAUGGUGUGAACCAGCUCUGGUCUCAGCCUCCAUGUCACUCAGAUAUGAACAAUAGGUUACUGAGGUUAGGAUUUAGAGUUCAACUGUAAACUUCCAGCAGCACAUAGAGAGUUCAGACAAUUAAAAACACAUUCAUUUUUAUCAUUGUCAGGAUCUGUAGACUUUAACCAAGAGACUCCCUUGGUCUGUUUCUGUUCUGUUUCUGUUCUUUUGUAAUCCCCAUAUGCACUUCCUUCUCUGCUAGAUGUUGACACACUUGAUUUCUGAUUUGUUAAGGCAACCGUAAAUGACUGGAUUUACAUAAAAAUGAAUAAAACACUAUGACUUCAAGCUUUUUUUUCCUCAUUUCUUUCUUUAUGUCUGGCGUAGAGUCAGGAGAGGGAUAUUCAGAACGACAGUGGAACACUUUUCUGCUCAUUUUACAACAUCUGUGGACCACUUAAACAUUUUUUCCAUCAAGAUUUCCAGACUUUUUAUUAUAUGAGUUGCAUAUCAACAAAGAGGGCAUACUAUUUAUAAUGCUAGAAUUGGGAAAUUUAACACAGACUGCAUUCUGAGGUAAAAUGCAAAUAGGGAUACCAGCAUGUUUUUCUUUGCAACCAAAGGCCUUGGAAUGUAUGA